AUGGUAAUGAACGCAGCGAUGAGAAAAUUCUCUACAGCUAGAGUAAUUUUCACUGGUGCAGCAGGCCAAAUUGGUUCAAAACUUUUAACCAGAGCUCAACAAACUUAUGGACUCGAAAAUGUUUUGGCUACUGACUUGAAAGAGCCAUCAUCUGGCUGGGAUAAAAACACCCGUUUCCAGCAACUUGAUGUUUUAGAUAACAAUCGUGUCGAAGAGCUAUUUGCUGAAUACAAACCUACAAUUAUUUACCAUUUGGCUUCUACUCUUAGUGCACCUAGUGAAUUGAACCCUAAGCUGGCCUUGAAAUUGAAUAUUCAAGGGCUUCAUCAUAUUUUAGAGCAAGCUAGGAUUCAUAAUGCUCAAUUUUUCGCAGCAUCUUCCAUUGCGUCGUUUGGAGCUUCGACUCCAAAAAUCCCAGGAAACCUUGAAAUCCAAAGACCUUCCACAAUUUAUGGAAUCACUAAAGUUCAUUUAGAACUCAUUGGAGAAUAUUAUAACCUGAAACAUGGAGUUGAUUUUCGAAGUUUGCGUAUCCCAAUAGUCACCUCUGAAGGCGCCCCUGGUGGUGGCUCAGCUGCAUUUACCGUGACUAUGUUUUAUGAUCUCUUAAAAACUGGAAAAACUGUAAUCCCAGUAACUCCUGAAACCAAAAUGCCUUUAAUUUAUUUAGAUGACUUAAUUGACGCUGUAAGCCAAUUUAUGCAAGCUCCAAAUAGCAGACUGACGGCAAGAAGCUAUACAAUGGCAUCUUGUGGAGUGAGUGUAGGGGAUUAUGUCAAUGAAGUCUUAAGAUGGCUACCUGGAGAAGUGGAGUACAAGCCAGAUUAUAGAGAUCCAAUCGUGAAAAGCUGGCCUGAUGGAACUGAUGGAAGCGUUGCAGAAAGAGAUUGGGGACAUAGGCUGAAAUUUGAUACGAAAAAGAUGGUAAAAACUAUGUUUGAGAGACUUACUAAUAAGAAGUAA